AUGGUCACUGGGAAUGAGUGUGGACAGCCUGGGGGUGAAAGGUGCCCUAGUGACUUUGUGGGCAGUCGGUGCCAGUACCCUAGCCCCUGCAGUCCUUCGCCAUGUCGCAACGGUGGGGAAUGCCAGGCGGUUUCCAAUGGCAAUACAUUUGAUUUCCGCUGUGUGUGCCGGCUUGGUUUCACUGACCGACUGUGCCUGACACCCUCCAACCACGCCUGCAUGAGCUCCCCCUGUCGAAAUGGUGGAACAUGUGAACUCACCACCCUGACUGCCUACCACUGCCGCUGCCCACCUGGAUGGUCAGGUAAAACAUGCCAGCUUGCCAACCCAUGUGCUUCCAACCCCUGUGCCAAUGGUGGCCAGUGCUCAGCAUUUGAUUCUCACUACAUCUGUACCUGUCCGCCUACCUUCCAUGGUCAAACCUGCAAGCAGGAUGUGAACGAGUGCGCCCAGACUCCCUCUCCCUGCUGUAAUGGUGGUCUGUGUGUAAACGAGGUGGGCUCGUACCAUUGCCGCUGUCCACAAGAGUACACCGGCCAGCAUUGUGAGACCCCAUAUAUGCCCUGCAGCCCCUCACCCUGCCAGAAUGGGGGCACCUGUAUCCAGAAGGGAGAUCUUACCUAUGACUGCAGUUGCCUGCCAGGCUUCACAGGUCAAAACUGUGAGCAUAACAUCGAUGACUGUCCAGGCCACAACUGUCAAAAUGGCGGCGUGUGUGUAGAUGGCGUGAACACCUACAACUGCCAGUGCCCACCCCAUUACACAGGUCAGUACUGCACAGAGAAUGUGGACGAGUGUGAGUUGAUGCCCAAUGCGUGCCAGAAUGGUGGGACGUGCCACGAUACUCACGGCAGUUACCACUGUGUCUGCGUCAAUGGCUGGACGGGUGACGACUGUAGUGAGAAUAUCGACGACUGCGCCAGUGCAGCUUGUCACCAUGGCGCCACCUGUCAUGACCGCGUGGCCUCCUUCUUUUGCGAGUGUCCUCAUGGACACACAGGUUUAUUGUGCCACCUUGAUGAUGCCUGCAUUAGCAAUCCAUGUCAGAAAGGUUCCAACUGUGAUACCAACCCAGUCAAUGGCAAAGCUAUCUGCACCUGUCCACCCGGCUACACGGGGUCAGCGUGCAACCUUGAUAUUGAUGAGUGCUCCCUGGGUGCCAACCCUUGUGAACAUGGUGGUCGCUGCCUGAACACCAAAGGAUCCUUCCAGUGUAGGUGUCUUCAAGGUUACGAGGGCCCUCGUUGCGAGAUGGAUGUCAAUGAAUGCAUGUCUAAUCCUUGCCACAAUGACGCCACCUGCCUCGACCAGAUCGGGGGGUUCCACUGCAUCUGCAUGCCAGGGUAUGAAGGGGUCUUCUGCCACAUCAACACUGACGAGUGUGCCAGCAUGCCAUGCCUUAACAAUGGCAAGUGCAUCGACAAGAUCAACUCCAUCUACUGCGAGUGCCCUAAAGGUUUUUCGGGCAGUUUGUGCCAGGUUGACAUUGAUGAAUGUGCCAGCACACCCUGUAAGAAUGGAGCUAAGUGUACUGAUGGCCCCAACAAAUAUACCUGUGAAUGUGCUGAAGGUUACACAGGGCAGCACUGCGAAACCGACAUAAACGAGUGCUACUCGGACCCCUGCCACUAUGGCACCUGUAAGGAUGGCCUGGCCUCCUUCACGUGCUACUGUCGUCCCGGCUUCACUGGCAGGCUGUGCGAGACCAACAUCAACGAGUGUCUGAGCCAGCCUUGCAAGAACGGUGGCACCUGCCAAGACAGGGAAAACACAUACAUUUGUGUCUGCCCCAAGGGCACUGCAGGUUUCAACUGUGAGGUGAACUUGGAUGACUGUAAGAGUAAGCCCUGUGACUAUGGGACGUGUAUUGACAAAAUCAACGGCUACGAGUGCGCCUGUGAGCCGGGCUACACAGGAGCAAUGUGCAACAUCAAUGUUGAUGAAUGUGCCAUAAACCCCUGUCACAACGGCGGUACCUGCAUAGAUGGGAUCAAUAGCUUCACUUGCCUUUGUCCAGAGGGGUACAAUGAUGCUACCUGUCUGUCCCAGGUGGACGAGUGUGGCAGCAACCCCUGUAUCCAUGGUCGGUGUCAUGAUCUCAUCAACGGAUACAAAUGCUUCUGUGACUCUGGCUGGAGUGGCCCUAACUGUGACAUCAACAACAACGAGUGUGAGUCCAACCCAUGUAUGAACGGGGGAACCUGCAAGGACAUGACUAGCGGAUACCACUGCACCUGCCGAGCUGGCUUUAGUGGACCUAACUGCCAAACUAACAUCAACGAGUGUGCAUCAAACCCCUGCCUCAACCAGGGCACCUGCAUCGAUGAUGUGGCUGGAUACAAGUGCAACUGCUUACUGCCUUACACUGAUGAAAACUGUGAGACUCUGCUGGCCCCCUGCAACUCCAGACCCUGUAAGAAAAGAGGAGUUUGUAAGGAGUCUGAAGACUACCAAAGCUUCUCCUGCAUUUGCCCCGAAGGAUGGCAAGGUCAGACAUGCGAGAUAGAUAUCAACGAAUGUGUGAAGAGCCCGUGCCUUAAUGGUGCCACUUGCAAUAACACUGUGGGCAGCUACCAGUGCAAGUGCCAGCCAGGCUACACAGGCCAGAAGUGUGAGACAAACGUCGAUGACUGCAAGCCAAACCCUUGCAGUAAUGGCGGUCUGUGCCGGGAUGGCGUCGACAGUUUUGUGUGUACUUGCCUGCCGGGUUUCCGUGGGGUCAGGUGUGAGCAAGACAUCAACGAGUGUGAGAGUAACCCCUGUAAGAAUGGGGCAAACUGCACCGACUGUGUUAACAGUUACACUUGCACGUGUACGCCGGGUUUCGGUGGCAUCAACUGUGAGAUCAACACCAACGAUUGCACAGAGAGCUCUUGCUUCAAUGGAGGCACAUGUGUGGAUGGUAUCAAUGCCUUCACCUGCCUGUGCCUGCCUGGUUUCACUGGCAGCUACUGCCAGCAUGAUAUCAACGAGUGUGACUCCAAACCAUGCUUCAAUGGAGGCACCUGCCUGGACAGCUACGGGACCUACAAGUGUACCUGUCCUCAUGGCUACACAGGAGUAAACUGCCAGAACCUCGUUCGUUGGUGUGACUCAUCUCCAUGUAAGAAUGGAGGAUCAUGCUGGCAGCAGGGGGCGUCCUAUACCUGCCAGUGUCAGACUGGUUGGACAGGCCUUUACUGUGACAUCCCCAGUGUGUCCUGUGAGGUGGCAGCCAAACAGCAAGGUGUGGAGGUUUCUCACCUGUGCAGGAAUUCAGGACAGUGCCUGGAUGCAGGAAACACACAUUAUUGCCGCUGCCAGGCUGGAUAUACAGGGAGUUACUGCCAAGAACAAGUGGAUGAGUGCUCUCCUAAUCCCUGCCAGAAUGGAGCCACCUGUACUGACUAUCUGGGAGGCUACACUUGUGAGUGUGUCCCAGGCUACCAUGGGGUGAACUGCUCUAAAGAGAUCAAUGAAUGUCAGUCUCAGCCCUGCCAGAAUGGGGGUACCUGCAUUGACCUUAUCAACACCUACAAAUGCUCCUGCCCCAGAGGAACACAAGGGGUUCACUGUGAGAUCAACCUCGAUGACUGCAACCCUUCCACUGACCCACUGACCAAUGAGCCCAAGUGCUUCAACAAUGGCAAAUGUUUGGACCGCAUCGGAGGCUACCAAUGCAUGUGUCCUCCAGGUUAUGUCGGGGAACGGUGUGAGGGUGACGUCAAUGAGUGUCUGUCAGAUCCUUGUGAUCCCCGAGGGUCCUACAACUGUAUUCAGCUCACCAACAGCUACCGCUGCGAGUGCCGUACUGGAUAUACAGGUCAGCGUUGUGACAAGGUGUUUGAUGGCUGUAAAGGCAGGCCAUGUCAAAAUGGAGGAACGUGUGCUGUUGCCAGUAACACGCCUCAUGGUUUCAUCUGUAAAUGCCCACCAGGAUUCACCGGCUCUUCUUGCGAAUAUGACUCGCGCUCCUGUGGCAAUCUGAACUGUAGGAACGGUGGUACCUGUGUGUCAGGACACUUAAGCCCGCGCUGCCUUUGUCCUGCAGACUUCACUGGACCUGACUGCCAGACCCCCACCGACAGCCCCUGCAACUCCAACCCCUGUUACAAUGGGGGCACCUGUCAAAUCAUCCCAGAUGCCCCUUUCUUCCACUGCAGUUGUCCCAGCAAUUUCAAUGGCCUUCUCUGCCAUAUCUUGGACUACUCCUUUCCUGGGGGGUUUGGCCGUGACAUCACACCUCCUCCAGAAGUGGAGGUGAGCUGCGAGAUUCCUCAGUGUGACGAGUGGGCAGGGAAUCACAUCUGUGACUCAUUAUGCAACAACCAUGCCUGUGGCUGGGAUGGGAGAGACUGCUCCCUCAAUUUUGAUGACCCAUGGCAAAACUGCUCUGCAGCUUUGCAGUGCUGGCGAUACUUCAAUGACGGGAAAUGUGAUGAGCAGUGUAACAGCCCAGGGUGUCUCUAUGAUGGCUUUGACUGCCAGGGACAAGAGGGGCAGUGCAACCCCCUGUAUGACCAGUAUUGUAAGGACCACUAUGCAGAUGGCCAUUGUGACCAGGGCUGUAACAAUGCAGAAUGUGAGUGGGACGGUCUGGACUGUGCUAACAAUAUGCCCGAGAAGCUGGCAGAAGGACACCUAGUUCUGGUAGUCCACAUACCACCAGAACAGCUUAAAAAUGGUUCUUCGGCCUUCCUGCGAGAACUCAGCAGUGUUCUCCAUACAAAUGUGGUGUUUCGCCGCGAUGCCAAAGGGGAACCCAUGAUCUUUCCAUACUAUGGCAGUGAACAGGAACUGGCCAAACACAAUGUGAAGCGUUCUGCAGAUGGCUGGCCCGAGUGGGCCGGCCAGGUGAAAGAGAGUGUGUCUGCCAUGAUCAGCCCACGAAGACGAAGAGAGUUGGACCCCCUGCAGAUUAAAGGGUCUGUUGUGUAUCUGGAGAUUGACAACCGGCAGUGUUACCAGCAGUCCACCGAAUGCUUUCAGAGUGCCACAGAUGUAGCUGCAUUUCUGGGAGCUCUGGCAUCCAGUGGAAACCUCAAUGUUCCCUAUAUAGAAGCAGUCACCUGUGUGAAACCCCCUCCCAACCCUCCAGACCUUUAUCCCAUGUAUGUGGUGUUCCUGGGCUUGGCUGCUUUGGGCUUUGUCUGCCUCGGUGUCCUGGUGUCACGUAAACGGCGCCGUGAGCAUGGCCAGCUCUGGUUUCCUGAGGGGUUCAAAGUGUCUGAGCCCAGCAAAAAGAAACGCAGAGAGCCUGUUGGAGAAGACUCUGUAGGACUGAAGCCUAUGAAAAACUCGGACAUCAAUCUUAUGGAUGACAAUCAGAAUGAAUGGGGUGAGGAAGACCCAGACUCCAGACGCUUUAGGUUUGAGGAGCAGGCUAUGUUGGACUUGAGUGACCAUACUGACCACAGGAAGUGGACACAGCAGCACCUGGAUGCAGCUGACCUACGUAUACCCUCCAUUGCCCCUACCCCUCCUCAGGGGGAGAUCGAGAAUGACUGCAUGGAUGUCAAUGUUAGAGGACCUGAUGGUUUUACUCCCUUGAUGAUUGCCUCCUGCAGUGGUGGAGGACUGGACACUGGCAACAGCGAAGAGGAGGAGGAUCCCUCAGCAGAGAUCAUUUCCGACUUUAUUUACCAGGGGGCCAACCUCCACAACCAGACAGACCGCACAGGCGAGACUGCCCUCCACCUGGCCGCCCGCUAUGCUCGCUCCGAUGCUGCCAAACGCCUUCUAGAGUCUAGCGCAGAUGCUAAUGUUCAGGACAACAUGGGCCGUACCCCGCUUCAUGCUGCCGUGGCUGCUGAUGCACAGGGAGUGUUCCAGAUUUUGAUUCGAAACCGUGCAACUGAUCUUGAUGCCCGCAUGCAUGAUGGAACAACACCUCUUAUUCUGGCUGCCAGACUGGCUGUCGAGGGCAUGGUAGAAGAGCUUAUCAACUGCCAUGCUGAUGCCAAUGCUGUCGAUGAUUCUGGUAAAUCUGCUCUUCACUGGGCAGCAGCUGUCAACAAUGUGGAGGCUGCUUUAGUGUUGUUGAAGAAUGGUGCAAACAAAGACAUGCAAAACAACAAGGAAGAGACGCCACUGUUCCUGGCAGCCCGAGAAGGAAGCUAUGAGACAGCCAAAGUGCUGUUGGAGCAUUUUGCCAACCGUGAGAUCACCGACCAUCUAGACCAGUUGCCCAGAGACAUAGCCCAGGAGCGCAUGCACCAUGACAUUGUACGCCUGCUGGAUGAAUACAAUCUGGUGAGGAGUCCAGGGCUCCACAGUGCCCCCCUGAGCACCACCAGUCUCUCCCCUCCUCUCUGCUCCCCAAAUGGCUAUCUGGGCAGCCUGAAGCCUAUGCUGUCUGUAAAGAAGGUUCGCAAACUCAGCUCGGGUGGAAAAGGGGGGAAGGAUGGCAGCAAAGAGAUAAGAGUGAAGAAGAAAAAGUCUCUCGAUGGGAAGGGGAACCUGCUGGACACCUCAGCUGUCCUCUCCCCCGUUGAUUCCCUGGAGUCGCCCCAUGGCUACCUGUCUGAUGUGUCCUCUCCUCCCAUGACCUCACCUUUCCAACAGUCCCCACCCAUGUCUCUCAAUCACCUGCAGGGCAAGGGAGACUCUCAUAUGGGCCAGAUUAUGAAUAAGGGCCAGGAUAUGGUCUGUAUGUCUUUUGACCUUAAUCCACCUCGUCUCUCCCACUUACCUGUGUCCAGCUCCAGCAGUCAAGGCACAACAUCCAUAGGUGGAACCGUGGCCCGGGGAGGCCAGUGUGAUUGGGUGUCUAGGAUGCACUCGGGUGUUGGACAGCAGGGAAGCUUCAGCCAGGGCCCGCCUAUAUCCCAUAACAUGAUGGGCACUCUACAUGGCGUCCCCACUGCAACCCUGUCCCAGAUCAUGGGCUACCAGAGUUUGCAGACCAGCCACCUUGGCACAUCUCCACACAUGAUGCAGCAGCAAGGUCACACCCGGCAGCUCCAGCACCAGAACUCCAGCUCCACCACAGCCGGACAGCCUCUCAACCAGAGUCUCCUUAGCAUGGAGUUGAGUGGGUCAGAUAUGCAGCAAAACAACGGCUCUGGUCGCACAAUGACCAUUCACACCAUCAUGCCCCAGGAGACGCAGAUCCUUGGUGGCCAGUUUCUUACCCCUCCCUCGCAGCACAGCUAUUCUGGCCCUAUGGACAACACACCCAAUCACCAGCUGCAGGUGCCUGACCACCCAUUUCUUACUCCUUCCCCCGGCUCCCCUGACCAAUGGUCUAGCUCGUCCCCACAUUCCAACAUGUCUGAUUGGUCAGAGGGUAUCUCCAGCCCACCCACAAGUAUUCAUUCUCAGAUGAAUCUCAUCCCAGAGCAGUUUAAGUAAAGACACAUGGAUGGACCUACAGAAAAAAGAUAUACAAACUUUUCUACAAGACAAAGAGUAGCAAAUGUGACUGAAGACUGAAGAUAAUCCUUUUUUUUAAGAGCAGUUUUUAUACUAACGACAAGAACAGUUUUAGUUAUUAUGUAUUUAUUUAUGUGCUUUUUGACAUGGAAUAUAAAGAAGAUGCUUUUAUAUUUAUGGUUUUUAUCUUUUUUGUGUAUGGGGGAAGAUUAGAAGCUGAUCAACAGGGGUGUAUAUUAAAAUGAGCCUCUUAGAUGUGUAAACACUGGCUAUUUAUUUGUCUUUUGUUGCUGUAUUCGUUGUAAUUUCUAUUUUUCAGAGGGGUUGCACCAGUCUUCAUAAGUUUGAAUAUGGGAAUACUUUAUUUGUAUUAUGUUUGUACAAAGAUUUUUUUUUCAUCUUUUAUAGAUCGUUGUUAAAGUUUCAGUAUUCAUGGAUUAGAUUUGAACUUCCUUGGCCUUUUUCAAUUGAAGCAGGUUGUGUUACUGAUCUUCAACAAGUCUUAUCACAAAGUCUAUAUAUGAGGAUGGAUGAUGAACUAGACGUUUGAAAGUAUAGUGCAUUCCCAGUGUUUUAUAUUCACAAAAAUAUUUGAUGCCCCUUCCUCUCAUUUGAAUGGAAAUGGGGCAAAGGAACAGAGGCUGAAUUGGUUUUAGGUAUUCACCACAGAGUUGGGACCAGAUCACACACUCUUUCAAUAAAGAGAAUAAGACAAAAUAAAUAAAACCACAAAACAAACGUCCUGAGACACAAUAUGGCUUGAUUUACAACUGCAUUUACAUUUAAGUGUCGCAGUGGUCAAGAAGUUGAAAUUGUUACAUAUUCCAGAGUUUACAGUCAUGCCUGCGUAAUUUUGUUCUUCCUAAGACUAAAGCUGUAAUUGAGAUUUUCUGUAAAAGUGUCCUCUCGGUGGAGAAAUCUGUUUUUGUGGGUCACAUGGAGAAAUCAUUUAGUUUGAUAAAUGAUAUCACCUGCACUUGUGAGGGCUGCAGCAGGAGUCUAUAUGUCACGUUUUUCAACUAAUCUACAGAUUAAGAAAAUGUGUUAAAACAAAUGAUGUAAUUUAAAAUUGAUGUUCAUACAAAGUUGUAGUUUGUAAAAGCAUUUCUUGUUUUAAAAUGCUUUGUAAAAAGUCCUCUUGAUUCAAUAAAAGGCAGUGUUAA